GCCAAAAUGACUGACAUGUUGCAGGGGAUGCCCAAUAUGUGUGUGUUCACGACCGCUUUCGUGCUCAAUGUCAAAGCUCUCCCCAACGCACCAAAGAACGUGUUUUCAUGACAGUCAAUGUCAACAAAGACGGGACGUACACUAUGCCAAAAUGCAUCGCUGGUAAAGUGGGUUGCGUGGAACUCAUACACAAGGAAAAUAACCUAUAGCCACAUUAGCCCUGGUUUCAUUGAUCAUGGCUUAGGGAUGUACCUUAUUGCCCCGCUGUAGCCUACAUAAAAAUGAAACGCAUUUAAAGCGU